UUUGAUAGCAUCAUGGAGAAUACCUUCUCAAGUAAAGGAAAUAACUCUCCUCAAGUACCAUCAGGUGGGGUGAGACAGAACAAAGUAAGGUUGAUUUCCAAUAACAAAGAACCAGAUUCAAUAAACUUCAGAAAAAUAGUGAAAGACCCUCUUAGACUUUCCCUCAGAAAUCAGGGAUUCGAAAAUGGGUCUAAAGAAAGGAUGGGGAGUGAAAGCAAGUCAAAUAAUCAAGAAAACAUGAUAGAAGUUAGCACUUCCAAUCCUUACAACUAUGUUAUUAGUAACAAUACAAAUCAGUAGUUUAACCUUUAAAGUUAAAUCUCACAGUAAAGAGUCAGUUGAGAGGAAAAUACUGCAUUACGGCAGCAAGGAUUCAAAGAACUUUUCUAAUGCCUACCUUGAUAAUUUGGGAAGUAAUGAUUCAAAUGAUGUGAAUAAUAAAUUACUACAUGUAUCUGCGCUCCCAGAGGAUAUUGAGAUAGGCUCUAAUGCCUCUCCUUUCAAUAAUGCUAUUAAUAAAUACAUCAAUAGCAAAGGAAAAAGUAUGUGAGGGACACAUACGAACUUCAACCCCAAGAAACGGCUCACAUUAUAUAAUCAGAAUGAUAAAAGAUGGGGUAAAGUAGCCUCAAGACAGUCUAAAAGACAUCUGAGUGAGAACUGUGAAGAAAGGAGAAAUACAUAUCUCAAUAAUAAAGGAUUUGGGAAUUACCCUUAUUACGGAACUAGCACUAAAUUCAUGCAAAUGAAUAAUAAGCCUAGGCAGCUUCCAUCAAUUGGUGAGAAGGUCAAAAGGAAGACCAAAAGAGCAUCCAGUAACACAAAAGAAAACCUUGCUUACAACAAAAAUUUCAAGAAAAAUGAGAAGAGGGACAGAAUUAUCAACACAGCUUUUGGCUCAAAGAAGAGUCGGGAGACUCCUGACUAUGAAGAUAAGCUAAAAGCCAAUCUUCCUGGUCAAAAGAUCAGAAUAGAAGUUAACAAGCAUAAUGUGGAUCACCAGGAUUUGAACCCAAAUCAUAAUGAAUCUUCAAAUUUACUGUUCUACGACUUCAAUGCAGGUGCGAGGCAAUUCAGAUUUGGAGGAGGCAAGAACUCCAGACUUGCCACCAGAGGAGAGUUUCAAAGAACAGGAAUGCAAGGAGCAAAAUUUAUUGAUCAUGAUAUAAUAGAGAGCGAAGGACUAGAAGGAAAUGGGUGAAGAAGACGUCCCACAACUUCUUAUAAUCAAGGAGGUGACAGACUUCCCUCGAGAGCAGUCAAGACAAGAGAUAGAGCAAGAUGAAUGAAUAUGGCUAAGAAAAAGAAGCAUUUGAAAAAGGAGAAAUUAGCUAUAAAGAAGAAAAACAUUUCUCCUCAAAAUAACAGAGUCGGAGUGGUAAAUAAGAACCAUCGUAAAGAGAGGCAAAACCUCCAUACCGCCUUUCCCAUGAAGAAUAAUGCUAUAUUUGUGGAAUUUGGAGAUAAUGAGUAUGCACCGAACCCUCAAUACAGAUUCAGGGAAAGAAUGGCUGGCAAGAACAUAAUUAUUGAGGAACAGGAAAAUUUUGAAGAUGACCAAGAGCCUUCAAGAGAAGUGUAUGCUCUUUAGAAUAAACCUUAUAUAAUUAAUUAUUUCAUCUGUG